AUGGAUGAUAGAGGAUUUGCCCCUAAAUUAAAUAGUGUGGAAGAUAUAGCGAAUUAUAUGCUCGAAACACGGGGUGCGAAGAAGGUUGGAAAGCUCUGGGCUCAUCGCUUUGUAAAACGAUGUUCAGAAUUAAAGAUGCGUUUUAAUCGUGUCUAUGACUUUCAAAGAGCUCUUUGCGAAGAUCUAGAGCUUAUUGAAGAGUGGUUUCGAUUGGUAUCGAAUAUGCAGGCGAAAUAUGGGAUUCAGGAUUGCGAUUUCUACAACUUCAACGAAACAGGCUUUAUGAUGGGUAUAAUAUGCCCCGGAAUGGUUGUAACUAGUACUGAACGAAGUGGCAGAAGCAAGGCAAUACAACUAGGUAAUCGAGAGUGGGCUACAGUGAUUAUAUGUGGUAAUAGAGAGGAUGAAACUAUACCACCAUUUUUAGUGGUGCAAGGACAAUAUCACCUUUCUAAUUGGUAUACAGAGACUUUCAAAGCUGUAUAUCAACAAUCGAUUACUAUUCAGAAUAUAAAAGCUGGUUUUCGAGGAGCAGGUCUAAUACCAUUUGAUCCUCAAUCUAUACUCUCAAAACUAGAUGUUAGGAUUCGUACUUCUACCCCUCCAUCUAUCUCCUUGGAACUUACCAAUUUCUGGAUCUCUCAAAUCUCUCACAAUCCAACUGAGGCUCUUUUACAAUCAACUCUAGUAAAAGCUCGAAUAGCUCGUUAUCAAUCAAGCUCUCCUACACCUAUAUUUGAGACUGUGCAAGCUUUAGCUAAAGGUACAGAGAGAUUGACACAUGAAGUUACACUUUUGAAUGCUGAGAAUCGUAUGCUUCGAAGAGCAAAUGAAGCAUUAAGUAAACGUCGACGCGCUAAAAAAAUUCAACUACGUAAUGGAGGAGUACUUACUGGACAAGAAGCUGAAGAUAUAUUAUCACAACAAGAGGUUGAUAAUCAGAUUCAACGCGACGAGCGUCAAAAUGGGGGAAAUUCUAAUAGGGAAUCAUCUACUAGUCGAUGCUGUAGUAAGUGUGGAAAGACUGGUCAUAAUUCAAGAACCUGUCAAAAUAAUACAAUAGAUGCUAGUUUAUUAGAUUCUUAA